AUGGUUGUUCAUAAUCCUAAUAAUUGGCAUUGGGUCGGUAAAAAUUGUAUUUACUGGGCAAAUGAGUAUAUGACUCAAAAGUUAGUUGGGAUUAAGGCUGAAGAUGCUCAUAGUAAAGUCGAAAUCACCAAAGUGUUAAGUAUUGAAGGUGAUUGUGAAGUUAACCAAAGGAAGGGAAAAGUUAUUUCUUUAUUUGAUUUGAAGAUUUCUUUAGAAUUUUGUGGUAAAUUGUUAAAUGAUGAUAACGAAACUUACCAGGGUAGUAUCACGGUUCCUGAAGUGGCCUUUGAUUCUGAUUUUGAUGAUUAUCAAUUUGAAAUUUCUAUUUAUAAAGAAACUCCAAAAUUGAGCGAUUUUGUUAAGCCAUUGAUCAGAAGUAAAAUAAUACCACAGUUGAGAGAGGUUUUCUCUAACUUUGGUGGAGACCUACUAAUUCAACAAGGUGGUGAUAUCCAAGUUCCUGAAGAACAAGUUGAAUCACAAUUCACCAAGCAAAACCAGGUUGAAAGUUUUAAUAGCGUUUCCACCACUAAUAAAGGUGGUAGUGGUGGUGGCAUAGUUAUUACAGAGAAUAAAAUAUUGAAAAACUCUGCAAGUGGUGCUAAAGAUGGAGGAAAUAACGCAAAUGUUCCCAAAUACAACUCAACUACUGUUUAUUUGGAACCAACUUUUAAUGCGCCAGCAGAGGAAUUAUACAAGACCUUUACAAUUAAAGAUAGAAUUGGUGCCUGGACUAAAUCAGAACUUGUUUGCGUUGAAAAUCAAUCAUCUCCUGUGAUUAAAAAGGGUGAUUCCUUCACUUUAUUUGGUGGGAAUAUUGCAUGUGAAUUGGUUAAUUCUCAAGAAAACGAAAAAUUGACUUUUAAGUGGAGGUUAAAAGAUUGGAAACCUGAUUAUUAUAGUCUAAUGAAUUUGGAAUUUCACGAGUCCCCUGAAUAUAGUGAGACCAAAAUUAAAGUUAAUUGGGAAAAGGUCCCAAUUGGCGAAGAAGACACUUGUCGUAGCAAUUUUGAAGAAUUGUAUGUAAAAAGUAUCAAAUUAACAUUUGGUUUUGGCAGUGUCUUGUAA